AUGCUGUUCCGAACGUGGAUGCUGUUACUGCUGGCAGUGACAUGGACGGCAUCGGCUGAUGACAAGAGUGGAGACGGAGACGAAGAUCUCGGCGUCGGCCUCAAGAUGGCCUUCCGCUUGUACGACGAAUGCGAGAGACGCGGUGACACCCUGGCGGUCUGCCUCAAGAUGCGAGCUGUGAACCUCCUGGACCGAGCCAUGCAGUUGCCGGAAAUCCCUCUGGGGGAGUCGGUGCUACUGGUGCGGUCGUCAGAGGAGGAUGACGCGAUAGGCGGCAGCAGGGGCGCGUCCCAAGACGACCUCGCGGAUCGCAGCAGCAGCCCUGGCCAGAGGGAGGACAGAGUGGACCGAGCCCUGAUGGACCGCGUAGCGUGCUUCAUCAGCUCUCACAGGCUGCAGCUGACGCUGCCCAGGCUGCAAGGCGAGGACCUGGAGAGGGGCGUCGAGGAAGGACGUGGUAAGAUGAAGAAGAUGAUGGGCAUGAUGAUGAUGGGCAUGGCCUCCAAGAUGGCCGGCCUGAUCCCCGCAGCCAUCGCCGGCCUGUUCCUGCUGGCGGGCAAGGCACUCAUCGUGAGCAAGAUGGCGCUGGUGCUGAUCCUGGUGAUCGCGCUCAAGAAGAUCGUGGCCCAGCGGCAGAACGAGGGCGGCCACCACUACGAGAUGGCGCACGGCUGGCAGGGCGGCCACGGGGGCGGCGGUCACGGGGGCGGCGGACACGGCGGGGCCGACUGGGACCGCCGCUCGCUCGCCGCGCACCGCAUGGCGUACCGCGCGCAGCACCGGCCCAGGGCGGCCGACGCCGCCGCAGCUGCAGCAAAGGAGAAGGCCGCCGCGUAG